UUCGACCGUCUCCUCAUCAUGCCUGCUACACGCAAAACUGCCCGCCGAGACACAGAAGUCAUCACACUAGACGACAACUCUUCUAAGGCCGUCGCUAAUAAGCGCGCAGCUAGUCGCACUACUACCACCAUCACCACCAAGAAGACAGUCGGGCAGGUGGCACAGGCUCGGAAGAAAAACCACCGCCCUGCCACGCAGCUGGAUAUAAUCGAAAUAUCGUCCGACGAAGAUGAGGUACCCCCUCCUCCCAAGGCGGCUGCUCCAGCCGGUGGUGCGAAGAUGGCCAGAAUGCGAGCGCGUCUGAAGCAACUGGAAAGGGACAACCUGCGUCUGGAACAAGAGAACAAGUUGCUGAUGCAGUGUUCGAGCGAACUGGACGACGGUGUUUCAUGUGAGAUAUGCAGUUGCAAAAUGUGGUCUCCUUUCAUUCUAGCCGAGUGCGGGCAUACGUUCUGCAAGAGGGACCUCGAGAGGUGGUUUCGCGACACGCUCACCCGCCACCAGGCCACCUAUCCCAACUACAACGUGAACCAGCACCACCCCUACGCCCACAUCCCCGGUUAUGCUAUCCAAACGCCACAACCCACGUACACAUGCCCAAAAUGCCGCACGAACAUUACCACUCAGCCGAUCCAAAACUUUGCCGUCAAGCAUCUCGCCCGAGUAGUGGCGAAGCAGUCCAGAGAGUCCAGCCCGAAGAAAGUUGGUUGCAACACAGCUUCGCCAUGGUCUCGUUUCUUUGUCCGGUAG